AUGUAUCGUAAGCAACUCAUUGCAAUUUGUGGGUUUGUUCCUAUCGCUGUCGGCCAGUCAUAUCCCACGGAACGCUCCGUAGAUCCCUUUAAGGUCUUCACAAUCUCCGCCGGUAACAUCACAGCCCAGUUCAUUCCAUAUGGGGCGCUAUUGAUCUCCCUCCUAGUCCCGGACAGGGAUGGCACUGGACAAGACAUUGUCGUCGGCUACGACGAUCCGCGUCGGUAUCGAGAAGAUACUCAGACAAGUCAUACCUAUUUCGGUGCUGUCCUUGGCCGGAUUGCCAACCGUGUCAAGAAUGGUACUUUUACCCUGGAUGGAACCGAGUACCACAUUCCCAAGAACCAAGGUGGAUUGUAUACGCUGCAUGGUGGAGACCUUGGUUACGAUCAGCGGAACUGGACUGUGCUUGCAUCCUCACCUUCCUCUGUUACCUUCCAGCUUUACGACGCUGCAUUUCAAGGCUUCCCAGGAGACGUCAUUACGCAGGCUACAUACAGUGUCGACACCAAGAUCACAGCAGAGAACCCACAGGGACGUCCCCGGCUGACGACCAAGUUGGUUUCACAGGCUCUCACUCACUCCACUCCUAUCAUGCUCUCCAAUCACAUCUACUGGAACCUGAAUGGUUUCAAGGAGCCAACUAUCCUCAAUGAUACAUGGCUACAACUGCCUCUGUCUGAACGGUUCAUCGCCACGGAUAGUCUUCAAGUCCCCAAUGGCGCCAUCUCUACCGUCGAUGACACCAAUCAUCAAUCGUUGGACUUUGUGACUGGCAAAAUUAUCGGCCAUGACAUUCAAUAUACCCAAGGUCUUGUCGGCAGUGAUGUGGGAUACGACAACUGCUUUAUCAUUGAUCGUGACCUGACAUCCUCUGCUCCCGACUCACUUAUUCCUGCUCUCCGAUUGAACUCCAGCACCACAGGAAUUAGCAUGGAGGUUGCAACAAACCAGCCUGCUUUGCAGGUUUUCACCUGUUUGAACAUGGAUGGAACGAUUCCCGUGAAGCCUUCGCAGGGGGAGCGAAAUUCGGACAAUGCGAACGCCGCUAGAUUUGUGGAGAAAUAUGGUUGUCUAGCGAUUGAACCGGAAGGCUGGAUUGAUUCUGUCAACAAUCCACAAUGGGGCCAGCAAUCGAAUGUGAUCUACUCUCCUGAGACCCCUCCAUCUGUGAACCUGGCUACCUAUAUCUUCGGAAUUGUCUGA